AAAAAAUUCAACAACCAUGAACAGCUACAAGACAUCACAUCUCAACUGCUCUUAAAAGACAAAGAUGGCCAGCAAACAUGAGUCAGAACCAGAUGUGAGGAUUGUGCUCUUUGGAAGGACCGGAGUUGGGAAGAGUUCAUCAGGAAACAGGAUCCUUGGGCAAGACAUUUUUCCUGUUAAUCAGAGUUUUAAUUCUGUGACACAAGACUGCCAGAGGGAGAUAAGAAAGCUUGGUGGUGAUUCUGGAGAAGCUCUGGCUGGAAAAACUCUGGCUAUUGUUGAUACUCCAGGUCUGUGUCACACCAAAAAAGAUCAUAAGUCGGUGAUGGAAGAAAUCCUAAAUUGCAUCAAGUUGAUUCAACCUGGUCCUCAUGUGUUCCUGUUUGUGGUGGACCUGAGCGAGUUCUCAAAAGACGACGAAGACACUCUGGAAAACUUCAAGAAAGUCUUUGAAAAAUCAAAAAGUCACACCAUCGUCUUGUUCACCCAUUGUCAAGAUAAACGUGACAUUGAGAAGUUCUUGGAACAAUCCCGAAAUAAAAGUCUCAGUGACUACAUCAAGCUUGGUGUGGACCACCAAGCCUUCGACAACAAGGCCGAGAAUAAUCAAGUGACCGAGCUGCUGGAGAAGAUCAACAAGUUGGUCAUUAAAAAUGGAGGAAAAUACUGCGGAGGUGCCGUGUUUGAAAAGGCUAAAACUGCCUUUGAAGAAAUGCAAAAGUGCAAGUUACUUGACAGCUCACUCGAUGUUUCAGAGCAGUUGAUGCAGUGGUGCCAUAAGGGCGUAGAUGAGUUGGAGAAACUCUGUCCAUUUGUGAAAUCUUACAUUGAUUUUGUGGUGAAGCUAGCUUAUGAAUGCAUGCCACCUGAAGCUAAGCAGUAGAAGCUAAGUAGCUGAGUACUAAAAACACAUGACAGGAAAAAUCAUAGUGAUGCAAAUGUGUAAAUUUCAUGUAAUUUUUUUUUCUUCUUAUUCACAGACAAAAUCCUAAAGACUUCACUGUUAUCAAAAUGUAUAAACUGUAUAAACUUUGCUACAGUCAUGUUUAGUGGACAGUUAAUAUAUGGAGCAUUAUUCAACAUUGUUUGUUGCAUGAAUAAAAUAACGGUCCUCUUUCAGUAGAAAAGCUCACGGCGUACCGGACCUUGGUUGUCAUGGUUACAAUAAUUAACACAUGACCUACAGGCUCGGAGGACCGUCUCAGGUGUUUGGUCGCAUUAAGAAAAGCUUAGGCCACAGUUUACGUGCUGAGAAAUGUUAGACUGCGUAACCUGCCUGAGCUUCAUAAUAUUAAAAUCAAAGUAGCUCAGAGCAUUCUUGUUCUCAUCCUGAUAACAGAUUGAGUGGGGAGCGACUAUCAAUAUUCAUUUUGUGUUUGGGGGAAAGCUGUGUGUUCUCUCUGUAUGAUUUACUGCAAACCUUUGAUUGAAUCCUGAUGUAAACUGCACUUACUGUGUGCUGAAAACUCUUUAAAUGAUUCUUUUACACGUGUGUUUGUGAUGAGAAAUCUUUUAAUCAGAUGUUUUUGAUUUAUACAUUUGUGUUUUCAUUAUUAUCAACAAAUAUCCUGAGUCUCUAUAUACUUGUCCAUGUGUUUACUUGUAAUCAACAUGUGUGGUGUGGUGAUGGUUUAUUAUUGAUUUGAUUUUGAUGGGCUGAGUUAGGUAUGGUAUCUAUGUUGCAUCACAUGAUUAAAUUCAGUCCGUUUGUU